UCUUCAUUAUCUUUGUUUAACGUUAACUGUUCGGAUUUGCUUAUGUAUUGUGUGCAAACCGACCCAAUUGUCCCCUCUAAGGAUUGUCUGCCACCGGAUCCCAGCCAUUACUUCUAUCUAGGUCAUACUGGGAUCCAAGUACUCAACUUCAGUGAACCUAUGGCCUUUUGCUUGCAUUUGCGUGAACCGGCCAAAAGGGAAGGUCCUUUUGAUCCUCACAGCGGCAAGAACGAUGACAGGGACAAGGAUUGCUUGGCAUUGAUGAUGGAGCUUCUAGGAAUGAUGCCAUGCAAGGUGGUCUCUAUUCCCGAGAUUUCUUUAACAAAUGGGGAUUUGAGGCACAUCCAAAGAUUGCGCUUCUGGCCUCUUAAUAAGAUUCUUAUGGAAAAGUAUGAUUUUAGCGUACAAGAUGCAAAUGACAUGGCUGACUUCUUCAUCCCAAUACUUGAUUUUGCCCUUGAAAUGAGACCAACUACAGCCCAACCCAAUGCCUUAGUCAUCUAUGGUUCUGUGCAGUACCAUGGCUUCGUGAACCUUCAGUGGCUGCUAUUAAACCUCAGCACACAGAUGGGAGCAUGUCUGAGAAGGAAAGAAGAGAGAAGGAUGAUAGGGAAGCGAUGGAGAUUGGAAUAAGGAAUAUAGCAAUUGAUGGAGU